GAGGUGUGCACAGCGCUGGGAUGCCAGAUCUGGGUAGGGGGCGCCUUGGGGGGCGAUUCUUUAGGAAAUUCCUUUAGAAGAAAACAACUUGGGACAGGAUAGCGUGCGACAUGCAGAGAAAUGCAACUUUCAUUCAUUUGCAGUUAGCGAUCCGCCCUCCCCGCUCCCCACCUUUCCGUGGCUCCCCAGUGCCCGCCUGCUGUCGCCCACACCCUUAGGACAGUUUCGUGCCCCCCCGUGAGCGCAGAGGGCCAUACCUACCGCUCAUUUAAGAAGCGAACCUGUAUUGUGCUGUUGGCCCCCUUUUCCUGUCUCUUCAUCUCCCCUCAAAGCGGAGGAUCCCUGUGUCCCAGCCGGGCAUGGCCGACCCCCACCAGCUUUUCGAUGACACAAGUUCAACCCAGAGCCGGGGCUAUGGGGCCCAGCGGGCACCUGGCGGCCUAGGCUAUCCUGCAGCCUCUGCCACGCCCCAGGCAGCCUUCCUGGCUGACCCAGUGUCCAACAUGGCCAUGGCCUAUGGGAGCAGCCUGGCCGCGCAGGGCAAGGAGCUGGUGGAUAAGAACAUUGACCGCUUCAUCCCCGUCACCAAGCUCAAGUAUUACUUUGCUGUGGACACCAUGUAUGUGGGCAGAAAGCUGGGCCUGUUGUUCUUCCCCUACCUGCACCAGGACUGGGAGGUGCAGUACCAACAGGACACCCCGGUGGCCCCCCGCUUUGACGUCAAUGCCCCGGACCUCUACAUUCCAGCGAUGGCUUUCAUCACCUAUGUUUUGGUGGCUGGUCUUGCGCUGGGGACCCAGGAUAGGUUCUCCCCAGACCUCCUAGGGCUGCAGGCGAGCUCAGCCCUGGCCUGGCUGACCCUGGAGGUGGUGGCCAUCCUGCUCAGCCUCUAUCUGGUCACUGUCAACACCGACCUCACCACCAUCGACCUGGUGGCCUUCUUGGGCUACAAGUAUGUCGGGAUGAUUGGCGGGGUCCUCAUGGGCCUGCUCUUCGGGAAGAUUGGCUACUACCUGGUGCUGGGCUGGUGCUGUGUGGCCAUCUUUGUGUUCAUGAUCCGGACGCUGCGGCUGAAGAUCUUGGCAGAGGCAGCGGCUGAGGGGGUCCCGGUGCGUGGGGCCCGGAACCAGCUGCGCAUGUACCUGACCAUGGCAGUGGCAGCGGCACAACCUCUGCUCAUGUACUGGCUCACCUUCCACCUGGUGCGGUGAGCGGAGCCUCCCGCCGCCGCCGCCGCCGCCGCCGCCGC